AGUGGCUAUUUUCCUUCCUCCAUAAGUAAGGUUAAAGGACACGUGUUUGCUGGUGAAAUAUUUACAUUUAUGAAUAUAAGAAGUCUACUUCCACAGAGGGAUGUUGUUAGUGCCUAUUUGUCUCUUGCUUGUCCUGUGUUUUUGUGUCUAACUGAGACUUGGCUUGAUCAUAGUAUUUUAGAUAAGGAUAUUAACUUUCUUCACUAUCAGUCCCCAAUGCGCUUAUUAAAGAUGUAGUAGUUCAACCAAAGUUAGAUAGAAGUGAUCACAGUUUUAUAGAAUUUAAAAUGAACACGCUUGCUUGUAAAGGUAGAAGAGUGAGAACUAUUUAUGAUUAUGGUGCGGUAAAUUGGGAACAAGUGAUUGCAAGAUUUUUAGAUAUUCCCGUAGAACGACUCUUGAAAAAUUACAAUAGUCUUAACGAGAAAGUGCAAGUUUUUGAAGAAAUUUUACUUGAGCAUAUUAAAACCUACGUUCCAAGUAAGGAAAUAAUGAUAGAAUUACGAGAUAAAGCCUGGUUUAACGAUGAAUUAAGAGUCCUUUACAAAAAGAAAUUAAAAUUGUAUCGUAAAAGAAACAAUUCAACAUAUCAUCUACAGCUAUAUCAUGAAAAAGCUGCCGCUGCUCAAUCUGGAUUUAGAGCAAGGGAUAGUACAACCUACCUUUUAAAUGCAUUAGAAAUUAUCUAUAAAGCGUGCGUUUUGUCGAUUUUGAAUUAUGGCUCUAUAAUUUAUUCGUUAACAACAUCGGUGAAUUUGAAUAAGGUUGAGCACAUUCAGUAUGAGGCUGCAAUGGCCAUCUGUGGAACAAUGGAAGGUACAUCAAAAGAUCGAUUAUAUGAAAUCUUAGGUUGGAUAUCCACAAAAAAACAUUUUUAUAUUUUGAGGUUAUUGACAUUUUUCAAAAUAAUUAAGGGUCGUGCACCCGCUUAUCUAAUCAAUCAUUUACAGUUUCAUAGACC